CCUCCUGACGACUCGGGGAUGCGCUCUCCUGAGUCCUGCUUUACAAGCCGGUAGCACAGCAGAAGCCUGUGACUUCACCGCUGCUUCUCUCUCUCACCUGUUCCGACUUCCGAGGCAUCGAGUCUUGACUCUUAGGACAGCACAUGGACCAGGGCCAGCCGUCUGAGAAGUCCGGAAGGGACCGAUGGAGAGGUGCAUUGUGCUUGGGCAAUCGGCGGCGACGUCCUGCUCACUGGGGCAUCUUCGGGCUAUUACUGGCCAGCGGUACGACUGAUCAUUGUGCUCUCACUUCUCUGGUCAUCGGCAGGCUGGGGAAAAUGAUAUCCGCCGGGUCAGGGGUAGGUCACGUGGUCUUCGAGAAGGAGAUAUCGUGCUAGCCAUGAAAGGGCCAGGAUAACAAC